UUCAUCGACCUGCGACCUUUUACCGUGCGCAAGCGCAGUUCAAUCACACGGCAAUGUUACUGAUGAAUUAUGGGUAAUCGGUCUCUUUCCUAACGUGGUUGCAAGGCUCAGUUUUUUCAGGUGACUGAGAUAACCACAAACGCCAAAAUGGUUGCGUCAAAAAAGCAGAAGAAGCAGAUGGAGAGUAUCAACUCUCGCCUGCAGCUGGUGAUGAAGAGUGGCAAGUAUCAUCUAGGCUUCAAGCAAACCCUGAAAGCCCUCAGGCAAGGCAAGGGAAAGCUGGUCAUCCUAGCCAACAACACACCACCACUCAGAAAAAGUGAGAUUGAAUACUACGCCAUGCUGGCCAAGACUGGUGUCCAUCACUACACUGGUAACAACAUUGAGCUGGGUACGGCAUGCGGUAAAUACUUCAGGGUGUGCACACUCUGCAUCACAGACCCAGGUGACAGUGACAUCAUCCGCAGCAUGCCUUCAGGAGAAGCAUAAAUGGGAGUCAGGGUGCCAGACCAUGGGACAAGGGGAUACCAUCUUGCAACACGUGACUGAUGUGUGUAAUCUAUUAUAUCAUCAGUUUUGCUCACUCGCCAUCAAAGCUACGGGAUUGUCUGACUUUUGCAGAGAUCAAGGCGAAUGUCUCUCCCUCUCGUAUUAAGUUUUGAUUUUUCACAACUGAAAAAAAAAGUUCAGCUCAUCAUGAAAACCAUUCUGUUUUUUCCCUGAAUUUGCAAAUGUUAACCCAGUGCUUUUCUGUACAGAAAUAAAACGUUGAGGGAUAGAUUACAA